AUGGCGGAUCCUGUCCUGACUCCAGACGCAGCUGCCGCUACUUCCUCUCCUGCCAAAUUGAGCAAGAAUGCCAUGAAGAAGGCACAACGCGCCGAAAAAAGUGUUAAGAAGGAGAAAGAUCCGAACCGCUGGGCUCCUAAGACCGACAAAAAAAAAAGAAAGAUGAGAAAGAGACUCCGAGCGCCCCCGUCUUCGUCAACAAUACGCCAAAGGGACUGGUGGGAGGCUGCAGGCUUCUUUUCAUGCUCAGAUGACAAAAUUUCGCAUGCCAAGCCUGAUGAGCGCUUUGUCAUGGUCAUUCCACCGCCAAAUGUCACAGGAUCCUUGCAUCUUGGACACGCACUGACUGUGGCUAUUCAGGAUGCCCUUACGCGCUGGCACCGAAUGCUAGGCCACGCUACGUUAUGGGUCCCAGGUACCGACCACGCAGGGAUCGCAACACAGUCUGUUGUUGAAAAACGUUUGCUGAAAGAAGAAGGAAAAAGUCGCCAUGAUCUUGGUCGCGAGCAAUUUUUAGAACGUGUUUGGGACUGGAAAAAUCAGUACGAAAGCCGCAUUCAUCACCAAUUUCGUAGUGUUGGAUGCUCAGUAGACUGGAAUCGCAAAUAUUUCUCCAUGGAUGAAAAUUGUGCUCGCGCAGUAUCUCACGCCUUUUGUCAACUAUGGGAGGAAGGUCUCAUUUACCGAGCUACUCGUAUGAUUAAUUGGAGUUGCAAAUUAAAGACAGCAUUGUCCGAAAUUGAGGUGGAUUACAUUGAUAUCGAAAAGCGUACAAAAAUGAUGGUUCCAGGUCACAAUCCAGAACGCAAAUACGAAUUUGGUGUACUCACAUCAUUUGGGUACACAGUUGAAGGAACUGAUGAACAGAUAAUUGUUGCUACUACUCGUUUGGAGACUAUGUUGGGCGAUACUGGUGUGGCAGUUCAUCCAGAAGACAAGCGCUACAAGCAUUUGCAUGGUAAAUAUGUGGUCCACCCGUUUAAUGGCCGCCGAAUUCCAAUUGUGCUAGACCCUGUACUUGUGGAUAUGAGUUUUGGUACAGGAGCCGUGAAAAUCACACCCGCUCAUGAUCCGAAUGAUUAUGAAUGUGGAAAGCGAAACAAACUUGAAUUUAUCAAUAUAUUGACGGAUGACGGAGCAAUUAAUGAAAAUGGCGGUGAAUUCGCGGGUAUGAUGCGGUACGAUGCGCGUAUUGCGGUCGAAAAGGCGCUUGAAGCUAAGGGAUUGUAUCAUGGCAAACAAGAUAACAAAAUGCGGCUAGGUAUUUGCUCGCGCUCAGGUGAUAUAAUUGAACCACUUGUGAAGCCACAAUGGUUUAUCAACUGCGAUCAGAUGGCCAAGGAUGCUAUGGCUGCUGUCACAAACAAAGAACUCACGAUCUUGCCUGAAAGUCAUGAGAAAACUUGGUUUCGCUGGUUAGAAAACAUUCGUGAUUGGUGCAUCUCACGCCAACUGUGGUGGGGUCACCGAAUUCCAGCUUACUUUGCUCGCAUUAAAGACGAAGCAUUUGUCGACAAAAAUGCAGAAGAUGCGAGCGAUCGCUGGUUUGCUGGAAUUUCGGAGGAAACUACGCGGAAAAAGGCGGCGACGAAACUUGGCGUUUCCGAAGACAAGAUUGAGCUGGAGCAAGACGAAGAUGUGCUGGACACGUGGGUGAGCGCUGGCUUGUUUCCCUUUGCUGUCUUUGGUUGGCCGAACAAAACGUCGGACUUUAGAAACUUUUAUCCAACAGAUCUACUUGAGACGGGCUACGACAUUUUGUUCUUCUGGGUUGCGCGGAUGGUGUUUUUGGGUCAAAAGCUAACGGGAAAACUGCCAUUUAAGACUAUUUAUCUGCACUCAAUGGUGCGCGACAAGUACGGUCGCAAGAUGUCCAAGAGUUUGGGUAAUGUGGUGGAUCCUUUGGAGAUCAUUGCCGGUUGUUCACUGGAUGAUUUGCUCAAAAAGCUGGAAAGCGGCAAUCUACCUGCUAAGGAGGUGGAGAAAGCCAAAAAAAGUCAGACGGCAGAUUUCCCACAAGGUAUUCCUGAGUGUGGCGCUGACGCUCUUCGUUUUGGUCUAUUGGCUUACACGCAACAAGGGCGCGACAUAAAUCUGGACAUUGGACGCCUUGUCGGCUAUCGCAACUUUUGUAACAAAUUAUGGAAUGCUGUGCGUUUUGCAAUGUCUAAUCUCGAAGGUGGCUUUUCAGCUGCUGAAAACGUAGCUGAGCUUGUGCUGGAAAACGCUGUUGUAAAUACUCGAGACCGCUACAUAUUGAGCCGCUUGAAUCACGCGAUUAAAGUGUGCAAUGAUUCGUUUGCUGCCUAUGAGUUUGGAGAGCUGACGAACGCGCUGUACAACUUCUGGCUUUAUGAUCUCUGUGAUGUGUAUUUGGAGCUGACCAAACCCGUGAUGGGCGGUGAGGAUGCUGAGUCUAAAUUGACAGCGCAGCAGACUCUGUAUGUGUGUCUAGAGUUUGGACUGCGUCUUCUGCAUCCGAGUAUGCCGUUCGUGACAGAAGAGCUGUGGCAGCGGUUGCCGGGCAAGCGCUCGACCGCGAGUAUCACAAUUGCUCCCUAUCCGCUAGUAAUGGCAACAUGGACGAACACUGAGGUUGAAGCGAACAUGGAAUUGGUGAAGGAAGUGAUUCAUGCUGCUCGCUCCGUACGGGCUGAGUACGGACUGACAAACAGUGUGCGUCCAACGUUUUUCAUCAAGUGUAGUGACAAAGAUAUCAGUGCCGUGAUAGAAUCGCAGCUGGACGAUUUUAACACGCUUGCCAAGGCAGGGGAAUCGAAGUGUAUUGUGGAUGAAGAAGCGCCUCAGGGCUGUGCGAUGCAUAGUGUCAAUGAUAAAGUGCAAAUUUUCGUGCUGCUUGCCGGGUUAGUGGACUUCGCCAACGAGAUCACAAAGCUAAGCAAAAAGCUGGCAAAGAUUGCGCCAUCACUUGAUAGUUUGAGCAAGAAAAUGAGCCGUGACGACUAUAAGAUUAAGGUACCCGAGGACGUGCAAAACGCUGAUGGUGUGAAAAAGGUCGCUUUAGAAACGGAAGUUGCCGGCAUUGAACGUGCAAUCUCUGAAUUUAAGCGUUUGUUGUGA